CUGGCGACAGCCAGACUUGAUUAGUCAAUGUUGGACGAAUGGUGUGUACGGUACGCAGUAACGGUAAACGGUAAAGUGAAUUUUUUAUUUUUUUUUUCUCUAAAAUUGAGAUUUCUGUACGAAAUAUGUGCGCUGGCACGCACCACAAAUGGCUGCUAGCCACUUUGGUGCUCCUUGCGAGCCUUAACGUCGCGCUACAGCAGAGCAUCGCGCAAAACUACAGCAGCGGCAUCUUGCGCAUGGCCAAAGCGGCGCAAAUACGCGCCUACAUUGAUCCAGAGCGCGAAGCUUGCGAUGAUUUCUAUGAGUUUGCCUGUGGCAGAUGGCGCAAAUUGCAUGCCAGCAGUGCAGCCAAACCGCGCUCUGCCUACUUGGAUCAGCUGCAGGAUCUGUAUGUGCGCAAGAGCGCCGAUAUGUUGCAGAGUGGACGCCAAAUGGCCGACACAGCCGAUCGGAAAUUGACACAAUUUUUCGAGUCCUGUCGCAAUGAGGUCACCGUGCAGCAGCUGGGCUUGUCACCGAUUGUAGACUUUGUGGACUUUCGUGGCGGUUGGCCGGAGAUUAAGUUGGCCACCUGGUAUGAGUAUGAAUACGAUUGGUUGAAAGUUGUUGCCGAGUUGCGACGUCGUUUGGGUGUGGACAUAUUGAUUGGCUUGGAGGUGGUGCCAGACUACGAGGAGGAUGAUAUGAAUCGCCUGAGAGUCGGUGCACCACAACUGAAGUUGGGUGGCAAGCAACUUUAUUUGGACAGCAGCUAUGAUGAUGAACGUGAUGACUACCGCGAUGAUAUAGCGGAGAAGCUGCAUAAAUAUUUUCCCGAUAUGGGUGAGCGUUGGGCGAAGGAGGUUGCACAGCAAGUACUCGAUAUUGAGCAGCACUUGGCUAAAGGUCUGCCAGAUAAUUCAAAGCUCACGCUGGCACAGAUGACACGCCAACGCUUCGUUAGUGAAUUGAAGUCAGUGUAUGGCAGUUAUGUUGACCUAAACCGUUACUUAACAAUGGUGGUGAAUCAAACGAUAUACUCAAAAGUCUAUGAGACACCUGAGGAGUAUUUCUCGAAUCUCGUAGAGGUCGUAAGGGAUACACCUAAAUUGCAUAUAGCCAACUAUACAAUGUGGCGUGUGCUCGAUCAUCUGGACUUCGCUGGCGAGAUCAAUACGCCACACAAUGAUAAUUGGUGUGUGCGCAAGAUUAUCUCCUUCAUGCCGGCGCAAUUGCAGAACAUGUUCAAUCGCAACUACAACAACAUAUUGUUGGUGAAUGACCUGCAAUCGACUUGGGCUGACAUCAAACGCACUUUCAAAGACGAACUCGCCUCGGAGCUUGAAUGGCUUACGGAAAGCACACGGCAGCAUGCCCUACAGAAACUGGAGAAAAUACGUCUGCGUUUAAUUGCGCAUGAGGACGCCGAGCUGGCGGAUCAGUUACGUAAUAUUGACAUACAGCCAGGUCAAUAUUAUAGCAAUCUGAUCAAUAUUUUAGAGUGGGACACACAGCAUAAACUGCAGGCAUUGUUUACCAAACCAAAGACCGCACAGCCUGAGGUACGCUUGCCACGCUACAAUCCAUUGAACAAUAAUAUUGAAAUACCCAUUGUCUUUCUGCAAUCGCGUUUCUUCUGGGAUGCCGAGUAUCCGGAAGCCUUACGCUACGCUACGCUCGGUUACCUGCUGGCGCACGAAAUGUUGCGUGGCUUCGAUGCGGCCGGUCGUCGUUACGAUCAGCAUGGCUAUCAGCGUUCGUGGUGGGAUGCGGCCUCAACGGAGGCUUACGAUGAAAUCGCCAAAUGCUUUAUUGCAAAUCACUACAACAAUUUGAAAUAUCGCGGCCAGAAUAUGUUCAGCAGCACUGCGGAGGAGCAAUGUAUUUUGGAUAGUGGCGCUGUGGCGAUUGCGCAACACGCCUACCAGGAUUGGUGGUCCAAUAUGGAAGACAGGCAAGAUAAGCUGAGUAUGGAGUCACUGCCAUUGUUGGAUUAUACGCCACAGCAGCUGUUCUUUAUUGGCUACGCUCAACUGUGGUGCGUGGAUUAUCACGAUUCGGUAGAGAAAUUCGAGACCACGCCCGAACCGCUGCGUGUGAACGGCGCAUUAGCCAAUCUGGUUGACUUUGCUCGUGAAUUCAAAUGUAGCAUGAGCAGCAAAAUGCAUCCGCAGCGAAAGUGUGAACUGUUUUGAGUCACAGUUAAAUAGAAAAGGAUGAUUUUAUUGAUACAUAAAUACAUACGUGUACAACAUACCAUACUAACAUAGUGAACUUGCUUAGAUAUCGUCUGCACUGUAUUAUAAUUAAUAAUUUACGAUAACUGUCGAGGAAUUUUUAUGAAUAAACACAUGUGUUUCUACCAAAUAAUAA